AUUGAUUUGACUGGUUCCCUGUCAGCACGAGGUUGACAAGUGUGAAGUAGCCGUAGGAAUUACACAAACAAGCUAGCGACACUUGUGGAUCUAUAUGUGCAGCGAUUUCUGUCGGGAUUUUACCUUGAUUUAAAAGAAUACAGAAUGGCUUUAUAGAUACAGCAACAUCCUAAGCAACAGAUGAGGAGAUUUAUCGCAUGAUAUCAUGAGUCUUUUAGAAUGUCCUCCAUUGUUAAGUCUCCCUAAGACGGAAACAGCACACGUGACACCAGAAGUCGUUUUGAGCACUUAUGAUCGAUAUAUUGACGCAAAAGUAGUCAUUUCCUGUCCGGACGAUUACCACGUUGUAGGACCGGAAGCAGCAGUGUGCCUUGAUACCGGAAGCUGGAAUGUUGAAAAGCUUCCACAUUGUUCUGAUAUCACGUACGGAGUGCCAGAUUCUACAAAGAUCUACAUAGCUAUAUUCGCCAGCUGUGGCGUACUGGUCAUCCUGUCGUUCGCAAUCCUCAUUGCUAGAAUUCUCUGUGUUUUUCGAAGACCUUUAGAAAAAAGCUCACGAAAUGAUCUAGGGAAAAGUACAGAGUCGGUGGCGUCUAUUCGGUACUUCCCACAGAACGGACAGUUUCACGACCCGGUGGUGCCCAAUCUGCAUCAGAAAGAGACUGGGUUUGAUAGUUUCUAUAACCCUGGUUAUAUAAGUAACGAGAUGUAUCCACAGACGCGAUACACUGAGCAUACGCAAGACCAUUGGAGAGGCCGACAGGCAAGCUAUGACAGUUCCUUUGAUGGCGAAUCUUCUAUGGGAUACAUAGUUGACGAACCAGAUAGCGGACAGCGGGACUGGGGCUCUACAGGAAGCACGGACAUUGAUAGGUAUGAUAAAUUUCAAAACCCGCGUCCAUGUCGAAUACAGGAAGUGGUAGAAGAUGAUAGGACGUCAUUUUGAUAUAAACUUACACUCCAAUGACGAUAUGAAGAAGCAAAGAAAGAAACAUCCUUAUUUAUUAUGUUUAUUUUAUUUUAAAAUGUUUACCAUUUUAUCAUAUUAAUGCACCUGUGAUAAUCAACAUAUAUAUAUAUAUAUACACCUAAGUACAAUGUAUACUGAUUAAAUUUGUGUGUUAAAGAUUCAAUGUUAAUUAAAUGUGAAAAUUACU